CUUAGUUUGCGUAUAAGCUCUAGCAUAAUUUGACAUGGCCAGCAAAGAAGUAACCUCUGGAAAAGUUGUGAAAGACAAGUACAGAUCCUUAUUGCAUGAUGAAGCUGAGAACAUCCAGUGGAGACAUGGUGGCCCUCCCACCUAUGAUGUUGUUAACCAGCUUUUUGAAGAAGGAAGAACCAAGGAAUGGCCAGAAGGGUCACUAGAGGAGACAGUGCAAAAUGCUGUUAAGUCAUGGGAGAUGGAGCUCUCACACAAGACCCGUUUGCAGGACUUCAAGACCAUAAACCCUGAAAAGUUCAAGCUCUUUGUUAAUGGAAGGCAAGGAUUAUCUGCAGAGGAAACUCUAAGCUUAGGAAGUUAUAAUGCUUUGUUGAAAAGUUCUCUGCCAGAAGACUUCAAGCCUUACAAAGCAGAUGAAGAGACUUUUGAAUCAUCUCAUGAAGUCUUCAGAUCAGCUUUUCCUAGAGGGUUUGCAUGGGAAGUGAUCAAAGUUUAUGCUGGACCACCUGAAAUUGCUUUCAGGUUCAGGCACUGGGGCUUCUUUGAAGGUCCUUUCAAGGGACAUGCCCCUACUGGGAAGAUGGUCCAGUUCUAUGGCUUGGGAAUUCUCAAUGUGGAUGACUCUUUGAAAGUUGAAGAGGUAGAGAUUUACUAUGACCCAUCAGAGUUGCUUGGAGGACUUCUAUCAGGGAUGCACACAAAUUACCCCAUAAAGGAAGGCAGUGACACCAAAACUUCAGCAGCUUCUGAAGAAUGUCCUUUCUCCAAAUAA